CUCUCUCUCUCUCUCUCUCUGGAGUUCUAGUGAAGCAGGUUUUGGGGGUUUGAGGAAAACUAUCUUUUUUUUUUUUUUGGUCAGGUUGAGGAAAACUAUCAAUGGCUGGUUUUUCAAGAGCACUCGUUCUGUUAUGCUUCUUCUUCAGCUUCUCAGAAGCUAGAGACCAUUUGGUUGGUGGCAAAGCAGAUGCAUGGAAGAUCCCUUCGUCUGAAUCCGAUUCUCUCAAUCAAUGGGCCGAAAAAUCUCGUUUCCUUAUUGGCGAUUCUCUUGUCUGGAAGCAUGACGGUAACAAAGAUUCAGUAUUACAAGUAACUAAGAAAGACUAUGUGACUUGCAACAAUUCUAGCCCCAUUGAAGCAUACAAUGGGAACACCAAGGUGAAGCUCGAACGGCCUGGACCCUUCUACUUCAUAAGUGGAGUGGAAGGACACUGCGAGAAUGGCCAAAAAUUGAUUGUGGUGGUCAUGUCUGAGAAACACAGGAGGUUCAUGACAAUUUCUCCAGCUCCUUCUCCGGUGGAAUUCGAGGGUACGGCCAUUGCUCCGGCAAGUGGAGCUGCUAGCUUAAAGGGCAGUUUGAUGGUGGCAUCGGGAGUUCUUAUAGGAGUUGUUUGGAUGUGAGGGUUUAUUGGUAUUUAAGGGAUUGGUUCAUUGCUGAAGUAAUAUCAAUCUAAAACGUGGGGAGAGUGAAUUAUCCAUUUCUUUUGGGGUUUAUUUUUGUGCUGGUUAUUCUUUGAUUCCUAUUCAUUGUAAUUGAGAUUAUUAUAGUGAUACUAAAUAUAUAUUCAUUCCCUUGUACUUUUGCACUGUUUAAACCCUCAAAAUGAA